AUGUUAUCUUCUUCCUAACCCUAACCUUCCCUUUUGCCUGUUCCGACUUGGAGCAGCAGCCCAACAAUCACCGAUCACCAUUCGUUCGUUUUUUUCUCGUAGGCGAAGAUUCUCAUCGUCACGAAACGUCAACAACGGGGGAUAAAAAUCAAUAUAUUAUGGAGAUGCUUCCUACUGAUUCUGAGGAAAAAGAAGGUGAAAUCAGGGAUUCUAAAUUAUUUGAUGCGUCUCAAUACGCGUUCUUUGGGAAUGAUAUUGUUGAAGAAGUGGAAUUGGGAGGACUUGAUGAUGAUGAAGAAAUCCUUGUGGGUGGAAUUGAAGAUGAUUAUCAAUUGGACCAUGAAGAGGUUGAUGGCAUAGAAUCUUUUUCAGAUAUUGAUGAUCUUGCUGGUGCUUUGUCAAAGCUGAACAGGACAGUCAGUGAACCAAGACCUCGGCUUAUUGCUGAUAGGGCGUCUCGAGAAAGUUCUUCUGCAGCUGACUGGGCGCAGGAUGUUGAUUAUUCAACCUGGUAUGAUCAGCAUGCACACCAUGGAGACGAUUCUGAAAGCAAGUUGUGGUCUUCACAGCCUUAUACUUCUGCUUGUGUUGCUGAGUCAAAGGGAUUGCACAGAACUGCAUCAUAUCCUGAGCCUCCUCCUCAGCUUCUUCCCCUACGUCAUCAAAAUUUAUCCAGUGAACCAAUUCCCAUGCCUAGGUCUUCCAUUCCUUCUUUUUCUGGUAGUAGGCCGCAUAUGCUUUUACCAAAUAACCACACGCAUCCAAACAACUUGUACCUUUCUGGUGGACCACAUAUGACUCUGCAAUCACAAACAUCCUUUUCUGGUCCUUUGCCUGGUUUACCUCAUGGUUCUCAUCUUUCUACUAAUUUACCUCAUUUCUCCCCUCCUGAUCAUUCUAUGGAUGGUCGCCCUCCUAGCCAAUGGCUAAAUCAUGCUAAUCUUAUGAACAAUAUGUUGCAGCAUCAAUUACCUCAUCAGAAUGGAUUAAGACCUCAGUUGAUUACUCAACAGCAGCAGCAGGCGAAUAGAUUGCACCAUUCAAUUCCUCAACCUUAUGGUAAUAUAACUGGGGUAAAUUCUCAACUAUAUGGUCCUCAUAUUUCUCAAUCACCACCCAUUAUGAAUAAAUUUGAUGGCAUGAUGGGACUUCCUGAUCUCAGAGAUAGACCUAGAUCAUCACAAAAGAACCGACAAAGUUUACGGUACCCCCAACCGGGUUUUGAUACCAAUGGCCAGCGAACUGAUGGUGGGUGGCCGUUAUUCAGGUCAAAGUAUAUGUCAGCUGAUGAAAUUGAGAAUAUUCUUAGAAUGCAGUUGGCUGCAACUCACAGCAAUGACCCUUAUGUAGAUGAUUAUUUCCACCAAGCUUGUUUAUUUAAAAAAUCUGCUGGUGCAAGGUUGAAACAUCAUUUUUGCCCUACGCAACUGAGAGAUCUUCCACCACGAGCACGUCCUACUGAUGAACCUCAUCCUUUUCUCCAAGUCGAGGCAUUGGGAAGGAUUCUAUUCUCGUCUAUCCGCAGGCCAAAACCACUUCUUGAAGUUGAUCCUUUGAAUUCAACUAGCCCUGGCUGCAGUGAUCAAAAAAUCAUUAAUAAACCCCUCGAACAGGAACCUUUGUUGGCAGCAAGAAUUACUAUUGAGGAUUGCCUUUGUCUUCUUCUAGAUGUUGAUGAUAUAGACCGUUUUCUUCAAUUUAAUCAAUUACCGGAUGGUGGUGCUGAAUUGAGACAAAGACGACAAAGCCAACUGGAAGGAUUAGCAGCUUCUCUUCAGCUUGUAGAUCCACUUGACAACAGUGGGCAAACUCCAAAAGAUGAUCUUGUAUUCCUACGUAUAAUUUCUCUCCCCAAGGGACGGAAACUUCUUGCGAAGUAUCUUGGUAUGCUUACUCCUGGAAGUGAUCUCCUCCGGAUUGUUUGCAUGGCAAUUUUCCGUCAUUUGAGAUUAUUGUUUGGUAUCCUUCCAUCUGAUCCUGCAAACGCCUUGGCAACUUCUUACCUUGUGAACGUUGUAUCAUCAUGUGUCAGCAAGAUGGAUCUUUAUGGGCUGGGUGCUUGCCUUGCCGCAGUUGUUUGUUCGUCAGAGCAACCUCCACUUCGCCCCAUUGGGAGUUCUGCUGGAGAUGGUGCCUCUAUUGUUGUGAAGUCUGUACUUGAUAGAGCAGCUGAGCUACUUAAAGACCCUAAUACUGCUAGCAGCUAUAAUAUGCCUAAUCCAGCCUUCUGGAAGGCAUCAUUUGAUGAAUUUUUCAACCUACUCCUGAAAUAUUGCUUAAACAAAUAUGAUAGUAUUGUGCAACCACUGGCAUUGUCGAACAUGGCUAGUGUUGGUUCUGAUGUGGCAAAAGCUAUUAAGAAGGAAAUGCCUGUAGAGCUGCUACGAGCAAGUCUUCCUCAUACUACUGAGAACCAACGCAAGCUCUUACUGGAUCUUGCACAACGUUCUGUGCCUUUAAUUGGUUAGUCUUAACUUGAUGGCCGACAACUUUAAUUUUGAAACAAGGAUCUGAGGCAGAGAGAAAGUAAUAGUCUUGAACAGGGCUUAGUCGAUGUUUCAUAACCGUCCAUCGUUCUGAAAAAUAUGUCGUCCAGCAGAAGAAUGUGGCGGAGGCCCCCAGAAAAUAGAACCAGUAAGCCUGUCGAAAAUUGAAAAUUUUGUUGGUUUUGUUUUGGAGCUUAUUUUUGAUGAUGCUCUCUGGUUAGAGUAGAAUGUACAUGGUUGAGAAGCGGGUCCGGUCCCAUGUUCCUUUUGUUAUUUGGUUUGAAGGAGCUGGGACAAAUCUGCAAAUUUCUAUUCAAGCUCAACUCUUGGCCUUGUGCUGUUUGUUUGAUAAUAUCAGUCUUGUAGAACUUCAGUUGGUUAUCAAUAUUGAAUUAUAUGGUUUCCUUAAGAGGUGGGAAAUAUUCAAAUUGUACUGUCGUUGCUUUUGCUUUUGUCUGUGUAUAACAAUAAUUAAUUAAUGUUUAAGUUCAUGCUGGCUUCAUUAAGCCUUUGUUUCAUAAGAAUUAUUUCAUCAUGGCAAAUAAAUAUGCAAAUGCAAUGUUGGUCCUAUUGGCAAUUGUAAUUUUGACAUUGUACGUAUUUAGGAAGCAAGGUGGAUCGGAUGGUUGUCAAGAAAAAUAAAUGGAUAUAAAUUGUGAUAUUCAGGUUUGGACGGAAGGGAAUCCUAGUCUAUCCUUAUACAUGGGCAUUUGGCAAAUAGACUUAGCAAUUGUAGUUUAUUACUUUAUUUUGAUAUAAAUGGAG